UCCAAGAGAGAGGAGAGGAGAGGAGAGGGGAGCCAGAGAGAGAGGGGCGCAAGGUUACAUUGCAAGCUCUUUCCAAAAAUGGGGGACGACCGACCUUUUGUGUGCAUGGCUCCCGGCUGUGGACAGAGGUUUACCAAUGAGGACCACUUGGCCGUGCACAAACACAAGCAUGAGAUGACACUGAAAUUCGGACCAGCCAGGACUGACUCUGUCAUCAUAGCAGACCAGACACCUACUCCCACCCGCUUCCUAAAGAACUGCGAGGAGGUUGGUCUGUUCAACGAGCUGGCAAGCUCCUUUGAUCAAGACGAUGACGAAAAGAGAGCAAAGAACUCUCACCAUGCUCCCAACUCUGUGGCCGUGGACAUGACCAUGCAGACAUCAUCAUCAUCAUCAGACGUGAAGGUGAAAGAAGAGGAACCUGUAGAGGUCGACUCCUCGCCACCAAGCAGCCCUGAUUCUUACUCUGGAGAUUCAGACGACAGCCUAGAGCCUUUGGUGAGAGGAAAUGACACACCACCCAGGAGUUCAGCCCCCACCCCAACUAUUGUGCGUCCAGGUUCCCUCCCACUACACUUGGGCUUCGAUGCCUUUCAGCCCACCAUGCCGUCACCCACAUCUGUCAUCACACAGACACCGCCUUCCAAUCGUACUCUGGGUUCUCCAACCAGCCACUACCCCAUGAUGAUGCUUCCCUCAGGGCAGGCAGUGCCUGUGCUCCCUGGUCCAUUACACAUGCAGUCUGUCAUUAAUCUGGCCCGACCCAUGUGCAUGGUACCCAACAUUCCUGGGAUCCCCGGUCCUCCUCUGGGAGGCAGCAGCAGCGGCUCCAACUCCCCUUCUGGCUACAGCAUCCACUCAGAGGCCAAGAUGCGUCUGAAGGCUGCACUGUCCCAGAGCCCGUUAGGAUACAGUAUGGGGGCUAUGGCCAUGGGCGGCAGCCCCAUGGUACCAGGGAGGGCCGAGCAGAGCCAGCUGCUCGUCCAACAUCCAGAUGCUCCAUCACCUGCACAACCUCAGGUAUCUCCAGCACAGCCUACAGGUGGGCGGCGGCGGCGGACGGCAGAAGAUGAUCCAGAUGACAGAAGGCAGCGCUUCCUCGAGAGGAAUCGGGCCGCUGCGUCGCGCUGCAGACAGAAACGCAAACUGUGGGUCAACUCCCUAGAGAAGAAGGCCGAGGAGCUCUGCAACAUGAACGUCUCGCUGUCGAAUGAAGUGUCUCUGUUGCGGAACGAGGUGGCUCAUUUGAAACAGCUGCUGCUCGCCCACAAGGACUGUCCUGUGACCAACCUACAGAAGAAGACCGCCUACUUAGCUGCAGAAGAGAGCAUGAAAGACACCUCAGAGCCUACAGGUUCCCCCGCCCCGGUGAUCCAGCACAGCUCUUUGGCGCACAGCCCAUCCGCAGGGCACAACGGCCUGAGCUCAAGGGCAGCAGCUGAGGCCAUGGCUAUGUCUGUGCUGGCAGGAAUGGGCCAGCAGCAGAGGGGUGAGGGCGGACCCUCUCACAUUAUCAUGGCUGCACAGUCUCAUACUGCUGCCAGAUGAUGAGCGAUGCCAACGCGGCCCAGACUUGGCUCACACGCGUCACCCAGGGGUAAAAAAGAGCAGCGGACCCCCACCCCCUUCCCCUCCUCCCAACUUUCCCCAAUCUAGAAGUCCAAAUUUCUCAUCUUCGCUGUGCUCUCUCUGACCCUCCGGUGGAGCCAUCACGCUGUGGCCUGGAGCUCAGCAGCAGCCUUCUGGGAAUGGACUGAGACUUUUGAGAGAGCUUCCUGUUCACUUUGCCAUAGACUACAGGGGCUGGACUCCAACCUCACAUCCUCGUAUCCCCUCUGUGCUUCCCCGCCCAUCACACCCUCAGUCAAAAAGACUCUUCACUGGACUGUAGGACUGCAUCGCUCCGAGUGUACUGCCGUAAUGAACUUCCACACGUGCACAGUCUCUAACACACAGUUGUUGCAUAAACACUCUCGAUCAAAUCAAACACCAAACACCACACGGGGCUUUACACUGUUUUCAGCAGGGAAUUGUGCCUUGUGCUCCUCCACUUUUUAUCCAUGCACACACCCACACAUGCCAUCACAGCAUACGUCCCUUAUACAUCCCUGGCUCCAAAGAUGCAGUAGCUGUCUAGACGUCAGUGACUCAGAUCUCUUUUGUAAAUGGUUCCACCUCAAGGUGAUCUCAACACGGACCCAAAAACCUUACCUCAAUUACUCCCCCUUUCUGAAUAAACUGUGUGUGUGAUUA